CUUCCCUCUCUCUCAGUGAAAGGCAGACAUGUGCUUGCCGUGCCAGCAGACCGAUUUAACCCUCUCCUCAGAAUAACUAAUGCACAGACAGCUGGCUUUCCCUCCUUGACUCCCCUAACUAUCUCCCUCUUUCUUUUCCCUCCACAGUGGCUCUAUUCAUUCUUUCUCCUCCUUUCCUCUCUUCUUAUUUCCCCUGCAGUUUCCCCUGCUCAGACGGAUAAAAAUAUUUGUCCUAUAGCAGAGCUUGUGUAAUCGCUGGCUUCACAAGCACGGGAGCCACUGCCUCAACACCAGCCCAAUAAGGAAUACCAAGCACUGGACUGAACACCACAGUGUUGAAGAAAAGGAGAGAACAUUUUCUAAACUCCAAGGAAGAAGGAUACAAUACAGAAUACAAGGAGUGGCAGAAGAAGAGACGAAACAGUGUGAGGAGUACAGGAAGAGUUCAGCGUUAGACCAUGCCUGGCUGUCACAUCCGGAUGCCCCUGAUGUUGGUGCUCUGCAUGCUGGUGCUGUCCUGUGGGUCAGGAGGUGCCCGGCGGAUCAGAAAGAGAGGGCUUAACCAAAAGGACUAUGAGUAUCCAAACCAGCAGUCCCAAUCCACGCAGCACCAGAAGAAUGACCGCUGCCCACCCCCACCUCAGAUGCUGCCGGAGCAGGCCUGCGAGGUGCCCGGCUGCCGCUCUGACUCAGAGUGUGAGCGCCACAAGCGCUGCUGCUAUAACGGCUGCAUCUACGCCUGUCUGGAGUCAGUGCAGCCCCCACCAGUGCUGGACUGGCUGGUUCAACCCAAGCCUCGGUGGCUGGGAGGGAAUGGCUGGCUUCUAGAUGGUCCAGAUGAGGUACUGCAGGCGGAGGCCUGCAGCACCACAGAGGAUGGUGACGAGCCCCUGCACUGUCCCACAGGCUAUGAGUGCCACAUCAUCAACCAAGGAAACCCCGCCGCUGGCAUCCCCAAUCGGGGACAGUGCAUCAAGUCUCGUGGCAACUCUGAUGGACGUCCCAUGAGGCAAAAGUCCUACAAGGACUAUAAGGAUUACUUGGGAAUUGGAAGCAGCUCAAAUAAUGCAGUGGCCAAUGAGAAACACCACCACAAACACAUGGGAUGAGAUCUUCAGAUACCUCAACACAGAACCUCAGCUAUCAGAGCCCACAUAUCAUACCUCUCUUGACAACGGAACACAGAACAACCAGACAACCUCACGGUGCUUUACACUUCCCAUGUCUGGCCUGGGGAAAGGAGGAAACCAAGCCUUCAGUUCCUACCUCUUCUCAAACUGGCAUACUCCUUUGGUUGUAAUAAUGGUACAGGCAGGGUUUUAAACAAUACUUUGACAGAUUUACACACACAGAAACAUGCUUUGGUUUAGUCAUGGGUAAGACGUAAUGGUGUUAUGGUUGAAAAGGAGAAAUGAACAAGACACAAAGCCCCUUUCUUGAUCAGUCUCAAACCGCAAAACAAAAAAGAGGCUUUWUUCUAUACACAAUAUCAAAGUAGAUGCACUGAAACCCCCUACAACCAGACAAACACUUAUCUCAUAGAAAUAAGUGAAAAUAAGGACUGUGUGCUGCUGUUGGCCCUCUCACCCUUCAGGCCAGCAGGAUGAAGAUCCCAUAAACACACCCAGAACCAACAACACACUCUGCUUACAUGUCAAUCAUGGUGGGAGAGCAAGCUGGGCCUUAUACCAGUAUGACCCCAUCAUCCACACACAGCAGCUGUUCAAAGUGUUUGUAUCGACUGUACAUAUUCCAUUCACUAUAUUCACUCAGUCAGUCCAAAAAUGAACAUUAGUAUGACAGAAAGUGUGAGUGGUUAGGAAUAUCCAUAUCUGGAUYUUAGUACAUCAAAUGGUGCUCAGUUCUAAGGCUGUCUCUUCUAAAAGAACAAUAAGCUGGUCUACACGACUGAAUUCCACAACUAAUAAGCUAGAGGUAUGAACAACAUGUAACCAUUUUCUAUGAGGGAGACAGUAAUAUCCAAAUGUCAAACUGGUGCUGUAAUGUUGCUUUGUGUAUUACAAAUAAACUGUAUGUUUGAGGAA